UUUCUUUUUCCUGAUCCAAACAUUCUCCUGCCAUCCUCUCGUCCUCCUCUUUUCCUCCGAGGAAUUCCACAAGAAAUCAAGAAAAGGAGCACUCCUCCUUUUGUCGUUCUUGUGCUAUACUUUUGCGGAUAAUUAUCGUUAUAUUUCUUUAUGCGGUAAUCCCCAAAAACCGGGGAAUUCACACACGACGGCGUCGUCUCCGGCGGUGAGAUUAGGGUUUCGUUCGGUGCUUGUGCUCUUGUUCGUUUUCGACGAGAUCUGUUGCACGAAUCCUGAGAUUUGUGGUUAUGGGGCUGUUGCUACAAAAUAGGUCGAUUCUGAUGAAUUCAUCAAUGCUGAGGCAGUAAAAUGGAUAUAUGUGAUUUUAAGCUCCUGGAAGCUACGGCAAGGCAGAAUACAGUUCGGACAGAAGAGAAUUACAGGCGGUUGUUGCUUCCUUCCGAGAGGAACAAUGCUGUCGCUGCCACUCGCAGGCCCCGGAGUGUUGCUUCUCGGUACAAGUCUGGGAUGUCAUCUACUCCAGUUUCAACCCCAAGUUCACCAAGACGAUAUCCCUCGCCAAAUGCUGGACACACAUCCCUUGCAACUGGAUUGUCACUACCUAAGAGAUCCCAAUCUGCUGAGAGGCGAAGACCAACUACCCCUUCAUCAAGAUCUUCUGCAUCCCCAUCCCCAUCGAGGCCUUCUACACCUGCUUCCCCGUCUUCCAGAUCAACAACUCCAGUACGUGAUAGGGGGACAGAAAUGUGUAGUACCCCACAACGCUUAUUCAGCAACAGGGCUCCCAAUGGCUUGUGGCCUUCGAUCCGGAGCCUGUCUUCUUCAUUCCAGUCAGAAUCUGUUGUAAUUCCUGUUAGUAAAAGAGAAAAGUUGGUUGUGAAUUCCUUAGAUAGAGCAAAUAAGUCUCCGGGCAAUGUGGCGCCUGAGCGUAAGAGGACUCCUCUCAGAGGAAGGAAUUCAUCUGAUCAAUCCGAGAAUUCUAAACCACUAGAAACCUCGAAUGCAAAGGUCAUGGAUCAACAUCGCUGGCCUGGCAUGCUGGGUGGGAGGUUGUCCACAAAUGCAUUGUCAAGAAGUGUGGAUCUCUCUGAUAAGCUUGGUAGAUCUUUUUUGACAGUUGCAUCACAAGGGGACUCCCCAAAGAGAACAAAUCCCUCACCUAACAGUGCAACCAGAGUUACCCAGCUAUCACUUAGUGAGAUGGCUGAACGGUUAUCUAAUGUUGGAGAUGGAAUAUUGGAGAGGGAUACAAAAUCAGUUGUCAAUCUUUCCUCACCAACUUCUGUGAGACACUCAUCUGUAACACGGUCAAGUAAGACUCAGUCAUUACUUAUUCCAGGUUCCCGUCGCCCUUCAUCACCAAGUAAGGUUUUGUCAACACCAUCAUCUACUGCAAGGGGUAUGUUGAGUCCUGUGAGAUCAAGACCAUCUACUCCGAUCUUGCUGUCAAGCAAUGUUCCUAGUAGAGUGGGUGGGACACCAUCUGUCCUUAACUACAGUGUUGAUGUGCGAAAAGGAAAGAAGAAUUCCAAUCAUGUAGAAGAGGCUCAUCAGCUGAGACUGCUUUAUAAUGCAAAUUUACAGUGGCGCUUUGUCAAUGCCCAAGCAGUUAAGACACUAUCAAAUCAGAAAAUGAGUGCAGAGAAUCUUGUUUACGGUGUGUGGAAUAAUAUUUCGAAGUUUCUUGAUCCUGUCAUCAUGAAUAGGAUUGAUCUGCAGCACUUAGAGCUAGAGAUGAAGCUGGGCAUGAUUUUGAAAGAACAGAUGGCUUACCUUGAACAUUGGGUGGCAUUAGAAAGUGAACAUUAUAGCUCUUUGUCUGGGUUAGUGGAAGCUCUAAAUGCAAGUACCGUACGACUUCCUAUUAAAGAAGGGGCAAAGGUGGAUGUACUUGCCGUGAAAAAUGCUAUUGGUUCAGCAGUUGAUAUUAUGCAAGCGAUGAGCUCUUCCAUUUGUCAUUUACUCUCUAAGGUUGAGGGUACAAAGUCUUUGGUCUCUGAGCUUUCAUGUAUUGCAGCAAAUGAAAAAUACAUGCUUGAUGAGUGCAGAGAAUUACUAGAUGUAGCAGCAGCAAUGCAGGUAAAGGAGUCCAGCCUUAGAACACACAUCAUUCAAAUUGGACAAGAUGCUCGUGAGCUAGUUUAGCCAAGCGACAAUUCAGUAGCCAUUGGACGAUAAGAGCUCAUGGAGGCAUAACAACUGCGGACUGGAAGAGAGAACACUCGUUUAGCUUGGUUAGUCUUUUUGGGAGAUUCACACUUACACCAUUUUCCUUUUCCUUUCCUUUUUUAUUAUUAUUGUUAUUAUUAUUAUUAUUAUUUUAUUUUAUUUUUCUCCUAAAGGGCUUUUUUUUUUUUCAAUGUAUUUAUUUUUCUACUCACACAAGCAAAAAAGAAUGCAAUCCAUAGCAUAGGGGGUUCAUGCGAAACCGAUUUGAUUUCUCCACAUGUAAAUACUAACAGACUGUAAAGUUUAUGAUAAUAGUAAAGAUGCAGGAUGGCAACGAGUAGAAUGUGCAAUCCAUCUCAGAUUUGCUCGCUAAUAAUUAAUUGGCAGGAUAUGUUUCUGAUGACUUGGUUUUUUAUCACUUA